AUGGCAUUCUCCACGAAGGUCGCUUUAAAAACUCUCAUUGGAGCCUCUUUACUACUAACAAUCAUUAAAGGUGGUGUCAACGCUGGAACAAAAUCGGACGAAGCUCGGCUUUUAAACGAUCUGCUUAAAAACUACGAUACGGACGCAAGACCAGUGAGAAAUGCGUCGCAAGCAGUUACCGUUCGCAUCGACUUUGCAUAUAUCCAAUUACAAGAACUGGACGAGCCAACUCAGGUUCUUAAAUCACUUGUCAAGAUAGAGCUGAAAUGGACCGAUGAGCUCCUAGGAUGGAACGCCAGUGAUUAUGGAGGAAACUCAAGGAUAACUCUCAAACCAUCACGGAUCUGGACUCCUGACCUGGAACUUUACCAGAAUAUGAAACACGAGCAAAGUCAUAUUUACGAUGAGAAAUUUAGAGUAAUAGUUUUCUCAGAUGGGGGUGUCAUCUGGUAUCAAACACCAAUCCUGCAUUCUGCCUGUGCGAUUGAAAUCGCCCGGUUCCCUUUUGACAGCCAGGAAUGCGAAAUGAAGCUAGCAUCGUGGUCGUAUGAAGCGAAGUACCUUGACUUCCAGCUCGCCGGUGGAGAUGGCAUUGAAUUGAGUCAGUAUCGAGACAAUGCGCAAUGGAAACUGGAAUCAAUUCGUUCUAAAAGAAAUUUGAUGAAACCUUCAUGUUGCGAGAAUAUCUUCUUCGUCGAAGUGUUAUACACAAUGAAGUUUAAACGAAAGGCUUUGUAUUAUACGAUGAACGUAGUUUUUCCAUCUAUGCUUUUGUCACUACUUGCUUCCAUUUCAUUCUUAUUUCCAGCCGGUUCUGGCGAAAGAGUCUCUCUCGUGAUCUCGGUUCUUCUCGGACUUGUCGUGUUCAUGUUGAUCGUGAACGAACGUACACCGGUCACAUCCGACAGUGUACCGUUGAUCACUAUUUUCUUCAACUGUAUCAGCGCAAGUACAGUUUUGGCCCUGUUGGCGACCGCCUUUAUACUUCAUCUAAAUCACGUAUCUUCGGGAAUACCCGUCCCAUGUUAUCUGGUCAGAAUCAGGGACUGUAUCGCGGUCGCACUUUGUAUGAAACAGCCGCCUCUAACAGACCGGGUUCAGUUGGAUUUGGAUGAAAUACUGCUCGGAGAAUCAUCAACACCAUACCUUAAUUUUCAGGAUUUGACAGGACAAUCGCCCAUGAUGCGAAAACCCUUCACAGAGCAGAAGAUGUUGAUUGAGAUACAAAAAUUGACGAAACAUCUUGAGGAAGAGAAGAAUGCGAGUGAAAUGAUGGAAGACUGGCACUACACGAUGAAUGUUUUCGACAGAUUAUUCUUCAUAAUAUUCUUCUUGAUAUCUUGCUGUUUCACCGCUUACGUUUUCUCAUAUUCCUAAGUUUCACAUCACUCGGGA